GUUGUGUUGUUCCUGUGCUGCAAUAAGUUGACUUUUUCAGAAAUAAUAUUUCUUUGCUGUUUAUUCUUAUUUAAGAGGUGAUUGUGCAAUUUUAUUUAUUCUGUAGUGAGUAAGUGACACAAAUACAAACAAUCAGAAAAUCAAUACUGACGAAACGGACGUACGACGGUACGUGAACGUGGGGAAACAGGUGAAUAACAAGAACGUGAGAUCAGUAUUAUUAGAUGUCAGCAGAACAGGACAGAACUGUACAAAGUGAGAUUUGAAAUGGCGAACAGGUUCCAGUUUGCAAUUGAUCGCGGUGGCACUUUUACUGAUAUCUGGGCUAGAUGUCCCGGAGGUAAAGUGAAGGUGAUGAAGCUGCUGUCUGUUGACCCUAAAAACUAUCCUGAUGCCCCAAGGGAAGGAAUUCGCCGCAUCAUGGAAGAGGUAGGGGGGUGUGUCCUCCCACCAGAAGAACCACUAGACUCUUCCCAAAUUGACUGGAUCAGGAUGGGGACGACUGUGGCUACUAAUGCUUUGUUGGAGAGGAAAGGGGAACCUAUGGCCCUGGCAAUUACCAAGGGUUUUAAAGACCUCCUCCACAUCGGUAACCAGGCACGCCCUAACAUCUUUGAUCUGGAAAUCGUGUCACCGGACCAGCUGUAUGAAGAAGUGAUAGAGGUUGAGGAGAGGGUUGUGUUCCAGCAGGAGAAGUGUGAGAUCAAGAAAGGCUGUACCGUUGUUACUGGUACGACCGGUGAAAAGUUGGAGGUUUGGAACACUGUUGAUGUGACAAGAUUACGACAGGACUUACAGCGACUAUUAGACAGAGGAAUUCGGAGUCUGGCUGUUGUCCUACUUCACUCCUACACAUUUGCAGAUCAUGAAAAUGAGGUUGGACGCGUGGCAAGGGAGAUGGGUUUCCACCAGGUGUCACUGUCAUCAGAUGUCAUGCCGAUGGUGAGAGUUGUCCCACGAGGUUACACAGCGUGUGCUGAUGCCUACCUGACACCAUGCAUCAAGAACUAUGUUGCGGGCUUUGCCUCAGGCUUCCAAGGAGGAGUACAGGGUACCCGUGUGUUGUUCAUGCAGUCGGAUGGAGGACUUACCCCAGUGGAUCAAUUUAAUGGAUCGAGAGCAAUUCUGUCUGGUCCUGCUGGUGGAGUUGUAGGGUAUGCCCUAACCACAUAUAAAAAGGAGUCUGACCUGCCUGUCAUUGGUUUUGAUAUGGGAGGGACAUCUACUGAUGUGAGUCGGUAUGCUGGAAGUUAUGAGCAUGUGUUUGAAACUACUACUGCUGGAGUGACAAUUCAGGCUCCCCAGCUGGACAUCAACACCGUAGCUGCUGGUGGAGGAUCCAUGCUUUUUUUCCGGGCUGGUCUGUUUGUUGUUGGACCGGAAUCAGCUGGAGCAGACCCUGGCCCAACCUGCUACAUGAAAGGUGGACCACUGACUAUAACAGAUGCAAAUCUCUGUUUGGGGAGAAUCCUGCCAGAAUACUUCCCAAAGAUCUUUGGCAAGACACAAGAUCAGCCCCUAGAUGAAGGCUUGACGCGGAAAUCUUUCCAAAAGUUGACCAGAGAGGUCAAUGAGUUCCUCUUACACCAACAUGGCACAGAGAAGCACCAGCCAAUGACAGAAGAAGAGGUUGCCAUGGGCUUCAUUCGUGUUGCUAAUGAGACCAUGUGUCGACCAAUCAGAGCUCUUACACAGGCCAGAGGCCAUGACACUUCACGACAUGUGCUGGCCUGUUUUGGUGGGGCAGGGGGACAACAUGCCUGCGCUAUAGCCCGAUCCCUGGGGAUGAGACAGGUGUAUGUACACAGGUAUGCUGGUAUCCUGUCUGCCUAUGGUAUGGCUUUGGCUGAUGUGGUACAUGAGGCCCAGGAACCAUGUGCUGGGAAAUAUGACCAAAGUUCGUUUACUCACCUGGACGGUCGCAUUGAAUACCUGAGUGAAGUCUGUUCACAGGAACUACUAAAACAGGGAUUUAACAGCUCACAGGUAGAGACACACCCCUUCCUACACAUGCGGUAUGAUCGGACAGACUGCGCUCUGAUGAUUUCCUCAGAGGGCUAUCCUCCUGGACCUGGGACUUGUAAAUAUGGUGAUUUCCGUGCAGCAUUUCAGGAAAGGUAUCAGACAGAAUUUGGUUUUACAAUACCUGACCGACCAAUUCUUGUUGACGACAUAAGGAUACGUGGUGUCGGUAAAUCAUUUGUCAGUUUAGAGGAAUCGACAGCGGAGGUGACAGAACCUCCAAGUGUGGAAAAGGUCACCAGCUGUUAUUUCGAGGAUGGACAUUACAACACGAAUGUCUACCUACUGGAGGAUCUUGGGAAGGGUCAUGUGAUCGAAGGGCCUGCUAUCAUUAUGAAUGGAAACAGUACUAUUUUGGUGGAACCAGCUUGCACUGCAUCAAUAACAGAACAUGGGGAUAUCAAAAUGAAGAUUGGAAGUGGAAAGCUACAGGAAAUAGGUCCAGAACUUGAUGCUAUUCAGCUGUCUAUCUUCUCCAACAGAUUCAUGAGUAUCGCUGAGCAAAUGGGACGGGUACUGCAGAGAACAUCCAUCUCCACUAAUAUCAAGGAGCGACUAGACUUCUCAUGUGCCAUGUUUGGUCCUGAUGGGGGACUGGUAGCCAAUGCCCCACACAUACCUGUACAUCUGGGUGCUAUGCAAGAGACCGUACAGUACCAGCUUCGGCAGCUAGGAUCCAGUAUACGUGACGGUGAUGUGAUUCUGUCUAACCACCCCCAGGCCGGGGGAAGUCACCUCCCGGACCUGACUGUGAUCACACCGGUAUUCUAUCAGAAAGUGUCCAAGCCUGUUUUCUUUGUGGCAAGCCGUGGGCAUCAUGCAGACAUAGGGGGGAUAACUCCAGGUUCCAUGCCUCCACACUCCAAGUCUAUCCAUGAGGAGGGAGCAGUGUUCAAAUCCUUUAUGCUGGUGAAAGGAGGAGUGUUCAGGGAGGAAGAGGUGACAGCAGCCCUGAUGGAGCCUAGCAGGUAUCCAGGCAGCAGUGGUACCAGGAAUCUCCAUGACAACCUGAGUGAUCUCAAGGCCCAGGUGGCAGCUAACCAAAAGGGUAUCCGACUCAUCAAUGAACUGAUAGAUGAAUACGGUCUAGAUGUGGUACAGGCCUACAUGGGACAUAUACAGGCCAAUGCUGAGGUAGCUGUACAGGAAAUGUUAUGUGAGAUUGCACGUAAAACCAAAAGGAAGACUGGACAGACAAGGCUGACCGCCGAAGAAUUUAUGGAUGACGGGUCAAGGAUUUCUCUAGAUGUAGAGAUAGAUGAAUCUAAG